ACUUGAUAAGAAUAUCAGUGGGCUGUUCUUAGCUUUGUAUGGUAACCAAUUUCAAUAUGGCUAAGACAAUCAAUUCGAAAGGAUUGACUUUGGCCUUCUUGGUUGCCAUUCUUUGUUACCGAGCAAAAGGCUGCGAUGAUGUCAGCAGAAAGGCGUGUCAGCAACUGACGUCACAGAACACGGAACUCUGUAAUGACGCCUGUUUCUCCAGUGUUUGUCAAAGAUCUUGUGGAAAGUGUGCUCUGAGAUGUUUUUCGUGCUCUGAAGUGGAUCGAUUAAACCAAUGCAAUACUACGACAGAGUGUCCUUCCACUGAUCAUCAAUGCAUCUCGGUGAAAUCGUUCAACAGUCAGUUUAAAGAAGUUUACAAACUAGGCUGUGCAAUUGGAAGUAUUUGUGACACUGAGAGUUUAGAGACAUCCUGUUGUACAUAUGAUCUUUGCAACAAUAAGACUCCCACCACCACUGUCAUAACGACAACAACUACUGUUCCUUCCACCACCACAACUCCGCGAUCAACACCCUCUCCGACCACAUCAACUAUAAAUCCUACAGCAAACACAGAAACAACUAUGGAAACCACCAUGGUGACCAGAGGAACAGAUGGAACGGGAGUUCUUUUAGUCGGUAAACGAGAAAACAACGACCCCCUUUGUUUGGAAAGUUCUCCAGGUAUCUGUCAGGAGCUUGUUGCUUCAGACCCCAACGUCUGCUCCAAGGAUUGCAUAAAAUCCAUGUGUCCAGUCUCUUGCGGAAAAUGCAAAACCUGCUACGAUUGUUCAUACGUCGCGGACUCUGAUCUGUGUAACAUGACGUCAAUAUGCAAGCAUGACGAGCUUUGUUAUGGACUAGAAACUGUUAACUCCUACCGUGAACAUGGAUUUAGACUUGGUUGUGCUCCUCAGCAGGUCUGCGAUUCGAUUGCAAGUAUUUCCACAAAUACCUUUGGCAGAAGGUCACAGAGAGAUUUGAUUGGCGGAUGUUGUGGUGACAACUUGUGUAAUACUCACAUAAAACCGAUAACAACACCAACACCUGAACCGAAAACAACAGUGUCAUCGACGACCCCUUCAACAACUACGGAGAACUUCUGCCACUGUCCUCCUAAUGCGCACACCUACAACCAGGACUGUUUCUUUGUCUCCAAUGUUACAUUUACCAGAAAUGAUGCAAAGUCUUUUUGUCAGUCUCGCUGUGCUAACCUGGCGAGGUUUCAAUCUUCAGCUGAACUUCGUGUAAUAGAGAGAGAAAUUUAUCAGCAUUUUCUUCAUCAUUCCACAGGACGACGUUUCAUCUAUGAUACACUCUAUGGUCCUCAUGGUGUUUUUAUCGACGCUGUUUACGACCCCAGAAGGCACUGGAUUUGGGAGACAACACAGGAGAGGAUUUCACACGAUGUAUACCAGAACCAGACCAACCCUCAUCAUCAUCACUGUGCUGUGACUAAUUAUUAUUUCCUGCGCUCCCAUAUCAGGCCAGUGGAAUGUGACUCUUCUCAUUACGCGCUGUGUCUUCUCGAUAGACCACGUGUAUUUUGAGAAAAAAAACUUGCAUUUGCAAGAUGCACAUUUUGGCACGAUUCGUAAAUAAAAUGCUUGAAACAAUA